AUGUGGCGUACAUUCGCGUUUCAUAUUCACAAACGCAAACCAGCGGUCCAGAAGCUAAUAAUUCAUCUAGAAAACCAGCAAAGCAUCUCUUACAGACGCACAGCUGAUCUUGGCCGCGUCCUGUGUAGAUAUGGUAUUGAGAAAACCAUGUUCACUGAAUGGAUGGCUAUGAAUGCAAAGUGUCCAGAGGCAAGGAAGCUGCUAUAUGUUGAAUUCCCAAAAUACUAUGUGUGGAACAGUGAUGCCAAAGUAUGGCAUACAAGGAAGCAGGGGGAUACAAUAGGCAGAAUAAUUACCAUCCACCCUUAUGCUGGUGAUUUAUACUAUCUCAGAAUUUUGGUAAAUAUCAUAAGAGGAGCAACAAGCUUUGAAGACUUUUAUAAAGUUAAUGGUGAGGUGAAAGAGACUUUGAAAGAAGCAUGUCGUGCUAGAGGACUACUUGAAAACGAUAAGGAAUGUCACAAAGCAAUGGAUCAAGCAAGUAAUUGGGCUACUCCUCAUCAGCUACGUCAAAUGUUUGUCACUCUCCUCAUAUAUUGCGAGGUCAGCAACCCAUUAGGUUUGUGGGAAAAUUGUUGGGAAUUAUUAUCUGAAGACAUACUUAAAAAGAAACAAAGAGAGUUCGGGUUUGAGAGGCUUCACUUAGACGACCAAGAUUUGUCACAAUAUACUUUGAUAGAGAUCGAAAAACUCUUGCAUCAACAUGAAAAGUCACUCACUGAUUUCAAGCCAAUGCCUACACCAAACUUGAGCAUCAUCAAAGAAUUAGGGAACAGUCUGCUCAAUCAAGAAUUCUACUACAACAUCAACCAUGAAAAAGAAGAACAUGAAAGAAACCAUAUUCUUUUAAACAGUGACCAGAAAAAGACUUAUGAUGCAGUCCUAAAUUCAAUAGACAACAAUCUUGGACAGUUUUUCUUCCUCAAUGGUGCUGGUGGAACAGGUAAAACAUUUCUUUACAAAACUAUCAUCUCCAAGCUUAGAUCUAUCAAAAAAGUGGUACUGCCAGUCGCUUCAUCGGGUAUUGCAGCACUACUACUACCUGGCGGGAGAACCGCUCAUUCAAGAUUCAAGAUACCCUUACAACUAAAUGAGGACACGAUGUGUGAAAUAAAACCCGGUACAAUGCUUGCAGAAUUGCUACUCAAAACUGAUCUAAUAAUAUGGGAUGAAGCACCUAUGUCUCAUCGUCACAUGUUUGAAGCCCUAGAUAGAACUCUAAGCGAUAUUCUUUCUGCAAAAGACCCAUCCGCAAGCAAUAAACUAUUUGGGGGAAUAACUGUACUACUAGGAGGAGAUUUCAGACAAAUACUUCCAGUUAUACCACAGGGAACACGAGCAGAUACAGUUCUAGCAUCAAUAAGUCAAUCAUAUUUGUGGAAUGAAUGCAGUGUGUACGUCCUACAUGAGAACAUGCGCUUACAACAGUCAGAAAAAAAUUUUGCAGAAUGGUUAGUAAGUGUCGGAGAUGGAACAGCACCAAAAGCAGACAAACUUAAAGACAACAAAGAUAACCAAGGGGAGAUUGUGGCUGUUGAGAAUCGGUUUAUGAUGCAGCCUUCCGGAGAUCCACUUCAUCAAAUCGCAGACGCAGCAGAUGUGUUGUGUAAUGAUUCCAAGACACCUAUAGACUAUUUAACUGAAACAGCAAUCAUCACACCCCGAAACGAAACAGUCGAUGAGAUAAAUAAUUAUAUGUUAUCUCAAGCACCUGGAGAAGCUAGAGAAUACUUAAGCUACGACAGCAUAGAAAAGGCAGAUACAAUCGGGCUUCACUAUAAAACAAUGUAUCCCCCGGAGUACUUGAACUGCUUAGAAUUUCCAGGCUUGCCCAAACAUAAGCUUGUCCUAAAAGUAGGCAUCCCAGCUAUGCUGCUGAGAAACAUCAACCAAAAAGAAGGUCUCUGCAAUGGGACAAGACUAAUCGUGACUCAUAUGGCAGAACGAGCUGUCGAAGGUGAAUUAGUCACAGGUACACAUGUUGGUAAAAGAGUCUCACUCCCAAGAAUCAUUUUAUCUCCAAUAGUCUCAGACCACCCAUUCAUACUUAAGAGAAGACAAUUUCCAAUAAGAGUAUGCUAUGCAAUGACCAUAAACAAAAGCCAAGGACAAAGCUUGAAAUCAGUUAUUCUAUAUUUGCCUAAACCAGUUUUCAGUCAUGGCCAGCUAUACGUUGCUCUCUCAAGAGUAACAUCACCUGAAGGCUUAAGUAUUUUACAAGAAGAAAAAGACUCAGUGACUGGAGUGAAUAACAUCGUCUACAAAGAAAUAUUCAACAACAUCCCUCAGUAG